GCACAGAAAAAAAAAGGAAGGUUUUGGUGAAGUUAAGAUGCAUCACUCUUCCUGUGGGAGAGGCCUGCUGUUGGGAAACAUGACAAACAGCUGACCGUCUCUCUGAACUUUUUGUCACCCCAGGAGGUGUUUCAGCCUGUGGUUAAUCUUUUCUGUACUCGACCCAGAGGCUUCAAAGCGCGUCCCAACUGGCUCCUCUCAGCCAGUCUGGAACUCCCUUUUUCCCAAAACGGAGCUAAAACUUCCCUCUGGAGAUGGAAAUAUCUGUUUUAUCCAAGAAGCUGUGGUGCAUCCACAAACAGCUGAUUCUCCUCUUCACCCCACUGGUGUUUCUGCCUUUACUCUUUACUCUUCCAGAGAAGGAGGGAAAAUGUCUUUAUGUGGUGGUGCUCAUGGCAACGUUUUGGUGCACAGAGGCUCUUCCUCUGGCUGUCACUGCCAUGCUUCCAGUCUGCCUUUUCCCGACACUGGGAAUUCUUCCAUCCAAGAAAGUAUGCCCUCAGUACUUCCUCGAAACCAAUUUUCUCUUCCUGAGCGGUCUUGUGAUGGCCUCGUCCAUCGAGGAGUGGGGCCUGCAUCGCAGAAUAGCCCUGAAGGUGCUCAGCAUUGUCGGAGUAAAACCAGCAUGGCUCAUAAUGGGAAUGAUGAUGACCUCGUCCUUCCUGUCCAUGUGGCUCAGCAACACCGCCACAACAGCCAUGAUGCUGCCUAUUGCUAAUGCCAUCCUGGAGAGUCUGUUCGGAGACCUGGAGACCCUGAAAGAGAAGUGCAAGUCCAAAGACGAUCCUGAGGUUGACAUAAUAAAUGGUCAGUCUGCUGUGAAGCUGCAUUCACUGCCCUCAGUGCCCUCGGAGAAGCAAAUACUGUCAAUAGACGGGAUGGACGGUAUGGAGCAGAGUGAUGUGAGGACAUCUGCGGAGAUCCGAUCCGAGUCGCAGUAUCAGCUGAAGGUGUGGAAAGGAUUCUUGAUCUGUAUUCCUUAUGCUGCCAGUAUCGGAGGCACCGCCACGCUGACAGGCACCGCGCCCAACCUCAUCCUGAUUGGACAGCUGAAAAGCUACUUUCCAGACUGCGACCUUAUCAAUUUUGGAUCUUGGUUUGCGUUCGCUUUCCCUCUCAUGCUUAUCUUCCUGUUUUUGGGAUGGCUUUGGAUCGCGUUCCUCUACGGGGGAUUGAAUACACGAUUGUGCUUCAAGAAACAGGACCAAAGAGCCCAGGCUGAGGCCAGAGCACAGGCGCUGAUAGAGGACGAUUACAGAAAACUAGGGCCCAUAAAUUUUGCAGAGGGAGCGAUUUCUUUCUUUUUUAUACUGUUUGCCGUUCUCCUGUUCACAAGAGAUCCCAAAUUUGUCACCGGGUGGUCUGUGUUCUUCAAAAAAGGGUACGUCUCAGACGCAGUCACUGGUGUGAUCAUUGUGUCUAUAUUGUUUUUCUUCCCCUCGCAGAAACCCUCUCUGAGCUGGUGGUUCGACCCUCAAGCAUCAAAUACUCCUUAUGUUCCUCUCUUGUCAUGGAAGAAAGCCCAAGACUCUGUUCCCUGGAAUAUCAUUCUGCUCCUCGGAGGCGGCUUUGCUAUGGCUAAAGCUUGUGAGGAGUCUGGACUCGCCUCCUGGAUCGGAGGCCACCUCCACCCUUUGGCCGAGGUUCCUCCCGCUGCAGCUGUGAUGUUGAUCACUGCUUUUCUGGCCUGCUUCACGGAGUUCGCCAGCAACACUGCCACAAUUAUCAUAUUUUUACCCGUCAUUGCUGAACUGGCUAUCCACGUCUCAGUGAACCCUCUAUACUUCAUGAUACCUGCAACAGUAGGAUGUUCAUAUGCCUUCAUGCUGCCAGUGUCCACACCACCCAACUCCAUCGCCUUUGCGUCAGGACACCUCAUGGUCAAAGACAUGGUGAAAACCGGUUUUGUCAUGAAUAUCCUGGGUGUCCUCUCAGUCUCUCUGGCCAUGAACACGUGGGGCGUUGCUAUGUUUAACUUGAACACGUAUCCAGAAUGGGCUCACCCCAUCAACAAGUCCGCUGUUCUUACCGAUGUGCACUUCUCAUCUGUCCAGUCGCUCAAUGCUACGCUCUGAUCACUCACCAAAUCUCAGCAUGAGCAGUAAACAGGGACAAAAGUCUGUCUGGUAGACGUAGACUCAUUAAAAUGUCAGAACGCUCUGGGAGCUUCCGCUGUUACCUGUGAAUUUAAUACGUUUCUUAUAUUCAAGUGUCUUUGUAGGCUGUCAAGAGUCAAGAUUUCAUGCUGUGAAUGUAAGUUUUGGCAGGCUUUCAUGUUUUAAGUUAAAAACAAGCUUCAUUAUUUUACUCUCUGCCUUCUUAAAACUGUACAGAAGAGACAUUUAACCUCAACAACAGCUCUUAAGAGCUUGCAGAGUGUGCUGUUCGUAUUUGAUGCUACUAGGCUGACAUCUGCUGGAAGAAUGAGAGAGACCUCUGUGAAUAAUUCUUUUAAAUUAUAUAUUUUUUGGUUCAAAUCACAAAGAGAUCAGGUUAUGUGUUUAUGUAAUAUAUAUAUGGUGCAUGUUUAGUUGCCAAAGCCUCAGCACAAAUAUUUUAAAUCUAUCUUUUCUACAUUAGACUGUAAAUCCCUACUAAUGAAUGUGUAAAUUUUGUUACAGAGUGAUUUAAAUUCAGAUGUGCUGUUAUAAAUAAAUUUAGUUUGUACUGUGUUAAUUUAGUUGCAUGUAGUCUCAGUAUUUCUUAUAAUGAGUGAACAUAGUUUAUUGCUAAGAGAAAGACCUUGUUAUCAGAAUAUUUGCAAGUGCUUAACUGUGUAAACGUUUAGCUUUUAAUAGAAACCAACAACAGAAUGUAAACCUCAGUCCUCAGGUUUUAAUUAACUGUCGCUAAUGCUGCAGGUUUCACACAUAUUUAAAACAUUUUGGCCUCUGCACACACUCACACAGAGAGCCAGAGAGAGCACACAGUUGUAAAUGCCUUACAAUGUUUGUUUGGUGUAGUAAACUGUCUGAAGUCACGAGGCCUGACAACAAUGGUUAACUUGUGCAAGACUGUGGUGGUUACUGAGUGCCAGCAGGGUCAGUGUGAAAGGUCCUGUGGUGUUUAAAUACAAAACUAUAAAACACUUAACAAAAAAAACCACAGACCAGUACAGGAUGUACCCGUCUGUCUGCACGACACAAACAACUUUUUUGACAACACGGAUUUCAACCAAAGCUGAUUUAUGUCUUUGCUUUUUGAGGAUCUUAAGACAGAUUAGACAUAUUUUAAUAUUCAGUUCAUAAUAAAUGUAAUUGACGUUUGUAUUGAUCAUUACUGGAACUACUGUUACAUUAAAUCCCGUUUCUUUCAAGUGACAAAA